UUCCUGGACCUCCCUAGACUCACAAGUCUCUGCGCUGCAACGUAAACAGUUGGACCGGAUCUCGUAGCCACAGACAUGGAAUGAUGUUGUGGGAGAUCUAAUUUAAACGCUAUACAGCGUGAUGUGUUACCCGUGCGAGGAUGAUCGCGUCGCUCCAUGGAAACGUGUUUCGCCAGAUGUCCGCGCUCUUUUCCUUCAUUACCACCAUGGGUGCCAUGGAUCCUGGUAUCGAUCACCUGCCCUGGUGUCUGCUGUGCAAAGAUGCUUAAUUUCAGGGAACUCAGGGGUAGCUUGGGCUCACAGCCGAGCAGCGUUCUCAGUACGAUGAAUAAGGCAGCUAGGAGGCUCCUAGCCUUCGUUAUGCUGAUCGGACGGUUUGGAAGGCGGAGGGUCCACGAUCAAGGGGCGUCCAUCUUUCCACAAUGAGCCAUUCCUGGUUUAAAGGCAAAAAGGCUCCGUAUGUACAGGCUGGCGAUCUGUAGCUCGAUAG